UUCAUUUCUUUGUGCUCGUGGUAAGUGGAACGUUUUUCACUUAACUCCUGAAAAUUUUGUGAAAAUUUGUGGAAAUUCUCCACUGGAACGGCAAUCCUGUGCUUGUGGGCUGUGUUGAAAGGUUUUGCAGCCACCGUGGACGUUUGCAAGUUACCAAGAAAACAUUUUCGGUAAAUCUUCCGAGUGAUUGUGUGGAACAGCACCAAGCCGGACCAGAUCUCAAUUAGUGUCGUUUGUGUUUGAGUAAGCAACAGGAGCAUCAGCAGCAGCAGGAUGGGUAAGGAAAAGACUCAUAUUAACAUCGUCGUCAUUGGACACGUCGAUUCCGGCAAGUCCACCACCACCGGCCAUCUGAUCUACAAGUGCGGUGGUAUCGAUAAGCGUACCAUCGAGAAGUUCGAGAAGGAAGCCCAAGAAAUGGGUAAGGGUUCGUUCAAGUAUGCCUGGGUUUUGGACAAACUGAAGGCCGAACGCGAGCGUGGUAUCACCAUCGAUAUCGCGUUGUGGAAGUUUGAAACCGCCAAGUACUAUGUGACCAUCAUCGAUGCCCCUGGACAUCGUGAUUUCAUCAAGAACAUGAUUACCGGAACAUCGCAAGCUGAUUGCGCGGUGCUGAUUGUCGCUGCCGGUACCGGUGAGUUUGAGGCUGGAAUCUCCAAGAACGGCCAAACCCGUGAACAUGCCCUGCUGGCUUUCACCCUUGGCGUCAAGCAGCUGAUUGUUGGUGUUAAUAAAAUGGACUCCACCGAGCCACCAUACCACGAGGCUCGGUUCGAGGAAAUCAAGAAGGAAGUAUCGUCUUACAUCAAGAAGAUCGGCUACAAUCCGACUUCGGUUGCAUUCGUUCCGAUCUCCGGAUGGCACGGUGACAACAUGCUGGAACCAUCGGACAAGAUGCCAUGGUUCAAGGGAUGGGCCGUCGAACGCAAGGAAGGCAAGGCUGAGGGUAAGACCCUCAUUGAGGCCUUGGACAACAUUCUUCCGCCAUCGCGUCCCACUGACAAGCCGCUGCGUCUGCCACUGCAGGAUGUGUACAAAAUCGGUGGUAUCGGUACGGUCCCGGUCGGUCGUGUGGAAACCGGUAUCAUGAAGCCAGGAAUGGUGGUCGUGUUUGCCCCAGUCAACAUCACCACUGAGGUUAAGUCGGUUGAAAUGCAUCACGAAGCUCUGUCGGAGGCUAUGCCCGGCGACAACGUCGGUUUCAACGUCAAGAACGUCUCCGUGAAGGAGUUGCGUCGUGGCUACGUGGCUGGCGAUUCCAAGGCUAGCCCACCGAAGGGUGCCGCUGAUUUCACCGCUCAGGUCAUUGUCCUGAAUCACCCUGGCCAGAUUGCCAACGGUUACACUCCGGUGUUGGAUUGCCACACCGCUCACAUCGCGUGCAAGUUUGCCGAGAUCAAGGAGAAGUGUGACCGCCGUUCCGGCAAAGUCACCGAGGAGAAUCCCAAAUCCAUCAAGUCCGGCGAUGCGGCCAUCGUCAACCUGGUGCCAAGCAAGCCGCUGUGUGUGGAGAGUUUCCAGGAGUUCCCACCGCUGGGACGUUUCGCCGUGCGCGAUAUGCGUCAAACCGUUGCGGUCGGUGUCAUUAAAUCGGUCAACUUUAAAGAGGCUACCGGUGGUAAAGUAACCAAAGCCGCUGAGAAGGCCCAGAAGAAGAAAUAACUAGAGACACCGGAAUACCCGAGUACCGUAGCGGCAGCAAACAGCACUGCUAGCAGCAACAACAUCAACACUACUAUAACUACUAAUAAACCAAAACAAUUCUCAACAUUAUUAUUAUUGAAUAAUGAUGAUGGUGUGCGGAUUUUGAUUGAGUGCGCAAUCCAGUCGGUUGCCUUCAGUGGAAAUCAUCCAUUAUUAUUAAAUAAUAAUUUAAGAAGUAAUAUUAAUCAUAAACUACAAUUUAAUAAUAAUCGUAAUAAUUUAAUGAAAAACACAGAGAGAAAAAUUCAGGCCGGCUGGUGCAUAGAGGAUUUUAUUGGUAACUUUGCUUACAGAACCACAGCAACAAAAAUAACAACAGCAACGCGAUCAUCAUCUCCAAAACCAUCCCCGACAUCUUGUUGCAAUCAAUUGUUUGCAUCGUCCCUAUCAUCAGUCCUUUCCUUCAAUAAUGGCAGCAGUAACAACACUGAUUACUCGUCACCAUCACCAUCAUUAUCCGCCAAGAAGACUAAUUUAUUUUACCACCAUAGAAAAGCAUUUCGCAGGAAAGAGGAAAACAGUCCGCAACAACAAUUCGCCGACAUUGCCAUCAUCACCACCUUCGCUAUCGAGUAUGUUAUUCCUCUUAUCAUCAGCUACGCUCUGUCCCCCCUACUCACUACUGCUAGGUUAGUUGGUACUACUAAUUUUGCGACCACGCGGUCAUGAUAAGAUCGAUUAGGAAGCAUAAUACCAAAGAUUUGGAAUAAUUUGACUAAGUUCAUUUGUUGACGAGUAAGAAAAAUGAUUUGAAAAGACAUGUUUGGUUCUUGGUUAACCAUCGGAAGCGGAAAUAACAAUGGAAAUAAAGAGCGAGCAAAGGUUUACUCACUAAACCAAGUGAUUUUGUUUUUUUGACAAACUGUUUGUGAUAUUGAAUCUGCUGUGUUUUUGCCUGUUUAAAACAUAUGUGUUGCCCGAAAAUCUAAUUUUCAAAAGCUGAUAUACAAAAGACACUCACAAAAAAACAAAGAAAACGGGAAAUCAUGCUACUUAAUACAGUAGCUUCAAACUUGGUACAUUCUGUCAUACGCGAAGCAAAUAUCCUGCAUCAUCUCUCGUAGGCACGCACACUAGCAUCGUUCCACGUGGGCUCUAACCACCGGACCAGAUUUCCACCGGAAGCACCAGUAAAGCAAGAAAUAUGUUGUGCAUGUGGUACAGGACACCAGCCUGUCCUCCCUUUUACCUAUGAACCCCCAGAAAAUAGACUCACACACAAACCCUUCGCAUAGAGAACAAAAAAGAUCACAGACAAAAAAUAUAUGAAUGUAGCAAGACGCAAGCAUAAAUGGAGUAUAAAUUACCGAUAUAAAAUGAGAAAAAUUGCCAAUAAAAAUCGAGUUGAAGGCUUGAAACAUUUCUGUGUCGAA